UCUGUUCUGCUCGUCAAUUCAAGUGGGUUUUUAUUAUCAUUCCUCUAUAUAGCUGAUAUACAGUACAUUGGAAUGAAAUGCUGUUUUUGUUUUAUUGCCCUCUAGGUAACCCUGUAACACUAUCAUUUCACUGUGUGUUGUGGUAUCAUAGUGCAAAAAUAUGCCCAACCCAGCAGUUAAAAAAAGCACUGGAUUUUUUAUUUUUUUUUUGUACAGGUAAACAUUAAACACAGUCAGUAUAUCCUUCUUAAGUGGUAGGAUCCAUACUAAGCCAAGACACACUUAAAGAGGGAGCCCAAGAGAUAUAAUAUUGCCACUAUUAAUUUACACAUUUCCCUUAUGCAUAAGUUUUAAGUGUUUGCUGGUUUUAUUAUAAAGAGUGAGAGACAGGAAAGAGCACUUUUUUGUAGAAGAACUAUAGCAGAUUCUGUACUUGGAAAAUGACACGCUCCUUGCAACAGUUGUUCAGAGACUACCUAGCAAAGUGGCACAUCUACAAAAACCGUCUGGUACGCAAAGACGGACACUGCAACAUUGAAUAUGGGAACGUGGGGUACAGCAAUCGUUUUGCGUAUGUGCAGGACCUCUGGACCACCUUUGUGGAGAUCCGCUGGCGUUACAUUAUUUUAUUAUUUGUGGCCUCUUUCACUCUUAGCUGGUUCAUUUUUGGACUUAUUUGGUAUUGGAUUGCUCAUGAUAAUGGUGAUCUUUGGUGGCAAAAUCCACCUUCAGACCACAAACCAUGUAUAUAUAAUGUUUUUGGCCUCACAUCUGCCUUCCUUUACUCACUGGAAACACAGACGACUAUUGGUUAUGGUCAGCGAGUGCUCAGUCCAUACUGCCCUGGUGCUGUCGCCAUAAUUAUUAUCCAGUCCAUCAUUGGUUUAUUUAUUAACUGCUUCUGGUGUGGAUUGGUUAUGGCCAAAAUCGCUUUACCCAAGAAAAGAGCCAAGACCAUUACCUUCAGUAAAAUGGCAGUAAUUUGUCCCAAAAAUGCAGCUCUGUGUUUGCAGAUAAGGGUGGCCAACUUGCGUAAAACCUUAAUGAUUGGAAGCCAGCUAUAUGGCAAGCUGCUUAGGACAACAAUAACUCCAGAAGGUGAGACCAUCAUUAUGGACCAAGUCAAUAUUGAUUUUAGUGUUGAUGCUGGAAAAGACAACCUCUUCUUCAUUUGUCCAUUGACCUUGUAUCAUGUAAUUGACAAGACAAGUCCAUUUUUUAAAUUUGCUUCAGACACAAUGCUUCAACAGGAGUUUGAGCUGAUAGUGUUUCUGGAUGGCAUUGAUGAGUCCACCAGCUCCUCCUGCCAAGUCAGGACAUCCUACAUCCCUCAGGAGAUUAAGUGGGGUUACAAGUUCCUCCCUAUCAUCUCUCGCAGUAAAGAAGGGAAAUAUUGUGUGGACUUCUCCAAUUUUGACAGAGUGGACCCAAUUCCAACUGCACACUGUGCUCACUGCUUCUAUAAUGGCCAAUGUCAUCAUCAUAGUCCCAGAAAUGGUAUUGAUAACCAGGGUUUUGAAGUGAUUGAAAUUAUUGAUCAAAUCAGUGCUAACGAAAUGUAAGAUGAACCUCUGGAUUCACCAAAAGACUUAUUUGCUCUAUCCAUUAUGCUCGACAGAAAAAGCAAACAAACAAAUAAAUAAAUAAAUAAAAUGUGAAUAAAUAAACCCCGUCCAGGGUGUCCCCCAUCUUGCCCCUGGGAUAGGCUCCAGGUUUGGCUGCGACCUAUUAACUAUAAGCGGAACAGAAAAUGGAU